UUUAAGAGGGAAAGAACAAUGGCAGAUUCUUCACUAACAGCAAAAAAAAAAAACAGGAGAUGGAGUAUUGACCUGGAUCCUCCAUUCAUGUCAUCCUCCAUGAGUUCACUGUCUGAGGAGAUUCAGUGCUCUGUAUGUCUGGAUGUGUUCACUGAUCCAGUCACGACUCCAUGUGGACACAACUUCUGCAAGAUCUGUCUGAAUAAGUGCUGGGACAACAGCCAGACCUGCAGCUGUCCAUACUGUAAAGAAACAUUCAAGCAAAGACCUGAUCUCAAGAUUAAUACCACACUCCGAGAGCUCGUAGGUCACUGUAAGAAGAAAAGUCCUGAGAAAACAACUGAAGUUCUGUGUGACUUCUGUGAGGAAAGAAAGCUGAAAGCGCUGAAGUCGUGUCUGGUGUGUCAGAGCUCUUACUGUGAAACUCACCUGGAGCCUCAUUUGAGAGUGACACGUUUGAAGAAACACAAACUGAUGGAUCCUGUGAGUAAUCUGGAGGACUAUAUAUGUCAGAAACACGAGAGACCUCUGGAUCUGUUCUGUAGAGAUGAUCAGACAUGUGUGUGUUCAAUCUGCUCUGUGAAAGACCACAAGAACCACAACACUGUUCCUAUAGAAGAGGAGAGUCAAGAGAAGAAGACUGAACUGAUGAAGACACAGAAAGACGUGCAGCUGAUGAUCCAGAACAGAAUCAAGAAGAUUCAAGACAUCAAACACUCAGCAGAAGUCAGAAAAAGAAACACAGAGAAGGAGAAAGCAGUCCGUGUGGAGCUCUUCACUGAUCUGAUCCGCUCCAUUGAGAGACAUCAGACUGAACUGCUGGAGAUGAUGGAGGAGCAGCAGAAAGCAGCAGAGAAACAGGAGCAAGAGCUGAUUGAAGAGCUGGAGCAGGAGAUCACUGAGCUAAAGAUGAGAAACACUGAGCUGGAGCAGCUCUCACACACUGAAGAUCACCUCCACCUCCUACAGAUUCACUCAUCCCUGUGCAGCUCUAGAAACACCAGGAACUGGCCUGAGAUCAGUAUGAAGACUCAUGAGAGUCUGGAGACUCUGAGGAGAGCUCUGACUCAACUGAAGGACACUAUAGAUGAGAAACUCACACUAACUGUCUCUACAGAGCUGAAGUGGAUGCAGCAGUAUGCAGUGGAUGUGUCUCUGGAUCCUGAUACAGCUCAUCCUGAUCUCAUUAUGUCUGAUGAUGGAAAACAAGUGAGAGAUGGAGACAUUAGACAGAAACUCCCAGACAAACCAGAGAGAUUUGAUCCAUGUCCCUGUGUCCUGGGAAAGGAGGGAUUCUCCUCAGGGAGAUUUUAUUUUGAGGUGCAGGUGAAGGGAAAGACUGAAUGGGAUUUAGGAGUGGCCAGAGAAUCUAUUAACAGGAAGGGAAAGAUCACACUGAGUCCCAGUGAAGGAUACUGGACUGUGGGGCUGAGGAAUGGAGAUGAAUAUAAAGCCGGUGCUAUUCCUUCUGUCUCUCUGUCUCUGAGAGUGAAGCCGCAGCGGGUCGGUGUGUUUGUGGAUUAUGAGGAGGGUCUGGUCUCCUUUUAUGAUGUGGAGUCCAGCUCUCAUAUCUACUCUUUCACUGCUCAGUCUUUCACUGAAAAACUCUAUCCAUUAUUUAGCCCAUGCCCUAAUGAUGGAGGUAAAAACUCAAGUCCACUGAUCAUCACACCUGUCAGUUAUAAUAAAUCAGGUCGUAGUUCAGAUUGCGCAAGGGAAAGAACAAUGGCCGAAUCUUCACUAACAGCAAGAAAAACCAGGAGACAGAGUAUUGAAAGUGUCCCUCCAUCAAUAUCAUCCUCCAUGAGUUCACUGUCUGAGGAGAUUCAGUGCUCUGUAUGUCUGGAUGUGUUCACUGAUCCAGUCUCGACUCCAUGUGGACACAACUUCUGCAAGAUCUGUCUGAAUAAGUGCUGGGACAACAGCCAGACUUGCAGCUGUCCAUACUGUAAAGAAACAUUUAAGCAAAGACCUGAUCUCAAGAUUAAUACCACACUCCGAGAGCUCGUAGGUCACUGUAAGAAGAAAAGUCCUGAGAAAACAACUGAAGUUCUGUGUGACUUCUGUGAGGAAAGAAAGCUGAAAGCGCUGAAGUCGUGUCUGGUGUGUCAGAGCUCUUACUGUGAAACUCACCUGGAGCCUCAUUUGAGAGUGACAGGUUUGAAGAAACACAAACUGAUGGAUCCUGUGAGUAAUCUGGAGGACUAUAUAUGUCAGAAACACGAGAGACCUCUGGAUCUGUUCUGUAGAGAUGAUCAGACAUGUGUGUGUUCAAUCUGCUCUGUGAAAGACCACAAGAACCACAACACUGUUCCUAUAGAAGAGGAGAGUCAAGAGAAGAAGACUGAACUGAUGAAGACACAGAAAGACGUUCAGCUGAUGAUCCAGAACAGAAUCAAGAAGAUUCAAGACAUCAAACACUCAGCAGAAGUCAGAAAAAGAAACACAGAGAAGGAGAAAGCAGUCCAUGUGGAGCUCUUCACUGAUCUCAUCCGCUCCAUUGAGAGACAUCAGACUGAACUGCUGGAGAUGAUGGAGGAGCAGCAGAAAGCAGCAGAGAAACAGGAGCAAGAGCUGAUUGAAGAGCUGGAGCAGGAGAUCACUGAGCUAAAGAUGAGAAACACUGAGCUGGAGCAGCUCUCACACACUGAAGAUCACCUCCACCUCCUACAGAUUCACUCAUCCCUGUGCAGCUCUAGAAACACCAGGAACUGGCCUGAGAUCAGUAUGAAGACUCAUGAGAGUCUGGAGACUCUGAGGAGAGCUCUGACUCAACUGAAGGACACUAUAGAUGAGAAACUCACACUAACUGUCUCUACAGAGCUGAAGUGGAUGCAGCAGUAUGCAGUGGAUGUGACUCUGGAUCCUGAUACAGCUCAACCUGCUCUCAUUCUGUCUGAUGAUGGAAAACAAGUGAGAUGUGGAGACAUUAGACAGAAACUCCCAGACAAACCAGAGAGAUUUGAUUACUGUGUCUGUGUCCUGGGAAAGGAGGGAUUCUCCUCAGGGAGAUUUUAUUUUGAGGUGCAGGUGAAGGGAAAGACUGAAUGGGAUUUAGGAGUGGCCAGAGAAUCCAUUAACAGGAAGGGACAGAUCACACUGAGUCCCAGAGAUGGAUACUGGACUGUGGCUCUGAGGAAUGGAGAUGAAUAUAAAGCCAGUGCUGGUCCUUCUGUCUCUCUGUCUCUGAAAGUGAAGCCGCAGCGGGUCGGUGUGUUUGUGGAUUAUGAGGAGGGUCUUGUCUCCUUUUAUGAUGUGGAGUCCAGCUCUCAUAUCUACUCUUUCACUGCUCAGUCUUUCACUGAAAAACUCUAUCCAUUAUUUAGCCCAAGCCUUAAUGAUGGAGGUAAAAACUCAAGCCCACUGAUCAUCACACCUGUCAGUUAUAAUAAAUGAAUUUACUCAGUUAUCAGAUGCAAGAUUAAAAUAAUGAAUUGUAUAAUUAAAAAUCUGGAAACAUUAUGUGCUGCUAUUUUUUUUUAUAAUUAGCUUUUUUUUUUCAUGACAAAGGUCUUAAAACAUUGUGAUAGUGACGGUGUGUGUUAUCUCAGUGAGGGUUGUGUGUAGUGUUUGGCUGCACUGAGUCUGUUUUGAGCCGUGUGUUAAGAGUUGUGUUGACUGGAAUGAGUUUUGGAGCUGAUGUGAACUGUUUAGCUCAGGUGACUGUUGCUAGUGCAGACUGUAGUUAGAGUUUUGCACAUGUAGCUCCAGUUGUGCUCACUGUCCUUUAGCAAUCGAAAAAAACUUUAAUGGUUGUGGAGUAAUUAAAUGCACAAUGUCUAUUACAAUAACACACACAAUGUAUGUACUGUGUGUGUGUGUGUGUGUGUGUG